AUGAGGAUACCACAUUUGUUGGCUGCCCUUGCGGCAGUCGUGAUCGCCGAUGACUUCUCAGCUCCCGACUCCAAGUCACACCCGCUACGGCUAUGGUCCUCGUCCGUGGGAAAGUAUUGGAAUGACUCGUUUCCAAUUGGCAAUGGGAGACUUGGCGGCAUGGUCAAAAGUGACCCAACAUCUGACCUCAUAUACAUCAAUGAGGAUACCUUUUGGUCCGGCGGACCUCUCAGUCGCAUCAAUCAGAAUGCCAGAGAGUCCGUAAGUCGCGUUCAGCAACUGCUUCUCCAAGGGGACACAGCCCAGGCAACUCUUGAAGCCAACCUGGGCAUGAGUGGCACGCCAUCAAGCAUGCGAGAGUACAUGCCUGGAGGAGACUUCCAAAUUAUUUUCCAGGACCAGACCGGCUCAGCUAAGAACUAUGAACGCUGGCUAGACCUGGAAGAGGGGGUAGCAGGACUGUACUACACCCGAGGCGACGUCACCUACAAGCGAGAAUACCUGACGAGCUCCCCAGCUGGUGUCAUGGCUGUUCGGCUGACUGCUUCCCAGCCUGGAUCGCUGAGUUUCUACAUCAAGUUCCAGAGACCUGCCAGCCAGCAGAAUAGAUUUGCCGAGGAGGCCUACAGCGAGGACGGCGACACCAUUGUAACAAAAAUCAAAGAGGGAGAACUUGAGGCAUUCUUCCUCGCAAGGGUACACAACGUUGGCGGUUCUAAGCGGCAGAUCGGAGACCAAAUCCAAGUGGUCAAUGCUGAUGAGGCUUGGAUCUACGCCGACAUGGAGACGUCUUACUCUCACGACGACCCAAAGAGCGAGGCCAAGAAGAAGCUGGAGGGUGCCGUAUCGUCGACAUAUGCUGAGAUUCGCGAAGAUCAUGUUAAGGAUUACCAGGCACUUUUCGGCAGGAGCUCCAUCUCGUUGGGCGAGUCGAGCGCGACACAGAAAGCCCUGCAAACAGGUGCUCGGCGCCAAGCUCUCGCAAAUGCUUACGACCCCGAGUUACUGACCUUAUAUUACCAGUUCGGGCGAUAUCUAUUAAUUUCCUCGUCUAGGCCAGGAACGAUGGCUGCUAACUUGCAGGGCAUCUGGAAUAAUGCCAGAGACCCAGCCUGGGGUUCGAAGUACACCAUAAACAUCAAUAUUGAGAUGAAUUAUUGGCCAGCAGAGGUGACUAAUCUGGAAGAACUUACAGAGCCGUUCUUUGCGCUCACGGACAAAAUAUACGAAUCUGGGAAGACAACAGCGGAGAAGAUGUAUGGUACGAGAGGCUGGUGUGCGCAUCACAACACUGACCUCUGGGGAGACACGGCUCCUCAAGAUGUAUAUGCCGCGAGUGCUUACUGGCCCCUGGCGGGAGCCUGGAUGCUGCAGCAUGUGUAUGACCAUUACCUAUUCAGCGGCGACAAGGAGUUUCUCGAGAAGCACUAUGACCAGAUCAAGGAUGCUGUCUUGUUCUUCGAGGAUUUCCUUUCCGACUAUAAAGGGUGGAAGACCACAAAUCCAUCCAUCUCGCCUGAAGCAACAUACAAAAAGGACGGCUCCGACUAUGCAUUGACUAUCGGUGCAACCAUUGAUAACUCGAUCGCGUGGGAGAUAUUCACUAACUUUAUUGAAAUCUCGAAGAUUCUGGGCAACAAGGAUGAGGAUCUAGUGAAGAAAGCUACGGAACUGAGGUCCCAGUUACCUCCUCUCCAAGUAUCACCAACCACUGGAGCAAUCAUGGAGUGGAUUGAAGAUUACACCGAGUCAGACGCCGGUCACAGGCACUUCUCUCACUUGUACGGGCUAUUCCCUGGCCGUGAGAUUACCAAGAGCAAUGAAACGCUGUGGACCGCGGCUGAAACAACGGUAAAGAGAAGACUGGACAACGAGGGUGGUGACACGGGCUGGUCGAGGGCCUGGAGUGCGGCUCUUCACUCUCGUCUCUUGAAUGGACAGGGGCUUGAGGAUGAUUUGAAGCAUCUCCUCGUCACUCUGACUUACGACAGUCUUCUAGACACCGGACCGCCGUCGGGAUGGCAGAUUGACGGUAACUUUGGAGGUACAGCAGCAAUUGCCGAAGGCCUGUUACAGAGCCACAACGGUGUAGUCGUUGUUCUGCCGGCCUUGAUGCCUUCUUCGAAGACUGGAAGUUUCAAGGGCCUAGUAGCGCGAGGCGGUUUCGUUGUCGAUGCGGAGUGGGAGAACGGGAAUGUAAAGUCGAUUGACGUUGAAAGUAGGCUCGGAAACCCAUUGAAGCUUCGUGUGGGAACGGGUCAGAGUUUCGCACGCGGAGCACGAGUCAGCUCUGGCUCAAAUAGCACUGACGUGAUAGAGCAAGAGACGAAGGCUGGGGAGACCUAUUCCUUUAAAUUUGAUGUUUAA